GGCUCGAACCCACGAACCGUGAGAUUAUGACCUGAGCCCAAGUCGGAUGCUUAACCGACUGAGCCACCCAGGCGCCCCAUACAGGGUUUUUUCUUGAACCGCUUGUGUGGGGAGGUGGUGGAUUGGCACACACCUGUGGAGGGCUGGUCGAGUCACAGCUGAACGUGAUGAGCUUUCCAUCUUGGAAAUGGAACCUCAGUUUGCCUCUCUCUCAGCCCUCCCCAGAGAGAAAGCCCACCCGAUAUUAUCCGUUAUUGCAUAGCUGUAAAAAGGAUCAAAGUCCUGAUACGUGCCUUGACAACGUUUUUGCUAAGUAAAAGAAGCCAGACACAAAGACCACUUACUGUAUGCAUCCGCUUUUAUGAAAUAUGGAGAAUAGACCCAUCCAUAGAGGAAAGGCCGACUGGCGGCUGCCAGGGGCCGGUGGUGGCAGAGAAAGGGAGGAAUUGCUAAUGGGUAUGGGGUUCCCUUUGGGGAUGAUGAAAAUGUUCUGGAACUAAACAGUGGCGGUGGUUGCACAACAUUAUAAAUGCAUUCAAUUCCGCGGAGUUUUGCACUUUAAAAUGGUUAAAAUGGUGAAUUUUAUGUUACGUGGAUUUUACCUCAAUCGAUAAAAUGACCGAACAAGGAGAACCUGUCAGCCAACCCAGGGUUGAAAGAGGAGGAGGAAGGCGAAAGAGGGGGAAGCUAGCGCAUUUCUCUGAGCUUAGGUCCCUCAUCUGGACCGUGGUGGUGGUAAUUCUCCCAUCCCCCAGCGGGCAUGAGUAAUGAGCUUGAGUAAGUGUUAUAGAAAUACUUAGCACUAUAGGCGCUCAACGUCAAUGUUAAUUGCCUUCUUUUCUGUAUAAGUAUCUAAACCUAUUUGUCCGCUUUAUACCUUUAUUUCUUACGACUCUAUGGUCUGUGAAUCUGUUCUUCAUGGGGGCUCCUCCCACUCCCUCUCCCUGCAUUUGGCAGGCUGCUCUACUAUCUGGGAUGUUGUCCUGGCUCCCGUGUUAAAGGCCAGGAUGGUCCUUAGGCCACUGCCACAGAAUCACUUAAGAGCUGCUUCUGUGGGACCCGUCGGCUGAAUCAGACUCUCAGGGGAACUUGGGGUCUGCAUUUUUAAUAAGCGCUCCAAGUGGUGAUCACGCACAUUCAGGUUUGGGACUACUGUUUCAAUUUAUUUGGGUCUUAUCUCUUCCAGGAAGUCUGCUCAGACUCCUCCCCUGAGAAGCCUUCUGAUGGCCAGAGUGCUCCUUUCCUGUGUCUGAGGCUCUGGAGGCUCUGAAUGUCUGGGUCAAAGUCAGCUUGGGUUCUGCUGGGUCUGCUCUCUCCCUGCAGACUGGGGAACGCCCAGGGACGGAUGCCUGGCCCUCUCUUUCCUCUUGUCACCCUGGUUCUUCCUGAGUGUAGGAUCUCUUGGGGUGCUAUAGGAAGCAAGACACUUCCGUUUUCAGGUCCUUUGAAUCUUGUUUCCUUUGCUUGUACAGAUACUUGGGAGAACUUAGAUUUUUCUCCCUUCCUACCAUUCUACUCCUGACUCUCCAAGAUGGUAUAGAAAUUGUAUUACUGUGUCACAUCAGCCUUUGCUUUUCCCGUCCCAUGUCAUCCCACAGGCUGUGCUAGGUGUGGGCCGGCCCCCACCCCACCCUAAGUGACCAUGGAUCCUGGAGCCGGGCCAGAGUCAUCACUGACCGUCAAUGAGCAGGUCAUCGUGAUGUCAGGCCACGAGACCAUCCGCGUGCUGGAAGUUGGAGUGGAUGCCCAGAUCUCUGCUGAGGAGGAGGGCAAAGGACUGGAGGGUGUCGCUGCCGAGGGCUCCCAGAGCAGAGGCCCGGCCGAAGCCAGUGAACCCGCUGGUGAAGCUGGGCCAGACAACCCAGACUCCUCUGCAGAGGCAACUGUGAAGUCUCUCCCGGGGAUCCCUCCGAGCCCUGCCCCUGCGGUUGCCACCUUCAGCCAAGCCCCAAGCCAGCCUCAGGCAUCGCAGACCCUGACGCCACUGGCUGUACAAGCUGCCCCCCAGGUCUUGACUCAGGAAAACUUAGCCACAGUUCUGACAGGAGUUAUGGUUCCAGCAGGGGCAGUUACUCAACCUCUUCUUAUCCCCAUCAGUAUUGCAGGUCAAGUGGCUGGUCAGCAGGGGCUGGCCGUGUGGACAAUUCCUACAGCAACCGUGGCUGCCCUCCCAGGACUGACAGCUGCUUCUCCUACGGGGGGAAUUUUCAAGCCACCUUUAGCCGGUCUGCAAGCAGCUGCCGUGCUGAACGCCGCUCUCCCGACACCCGUACAAGCUGUCCCGCCGGUACAGGCCUCCUCGCCCACGCAGCCCCGGCCAGCGGCCCAGCCCCAGACGCUGUUCCAGACCCAGCCGCUGCUGCAGACCACGCCGGCCAUUCUACCGCAGCCCACCGCUGCCACUGCUACUGCCCCCGUCCCCAAGCCAGUGGACACCCCCCCACAGAUCACCGUCCAGCCUGCAGGCUUCGCACUGAGUCCAGGAAUUAUCAGUGCUGCUUCCCUCGGGGGACAGACCCAGAUCCUAGGCUCCCUCACUACCACUCCGGUCAUUGCCAACGCCAUUCCCAGCAUGCCAGGGAUCAGCAGUCAGAUCCUCACCAACGCUCAGGGACAGGUUAUUGGAGCACUUCCGUGGGUAGUGAACUCGGCUAGUGUGGCAGCCCCAGCACCAGCCCAAAGCCUGCAGGUCCAGGCUGUGACACCCCAGCUGUUGUUGAAUGCCCAGGGCCAGGUGAUCGCGACCCUGGCCAGCAGCCCCCUGCCUCCGCCCGUGGCUGUCCGGAAGGCAAGCACGCCUGAGUCCCCUGCUAAGAGUGAGGUCCAGCCCAUCCAGCCCACGCCAGCCGUGCCGCAGCCAGCGGUGGUCAUCACCAGCCCAGCCCCGGCGGCCAAGCCAUCUGCCUCUGCUCCCAUUCCAAUCACCUGCUCUGAGACCCCUACUGUCAGCCAGUUGGUAUCCAAGCCGCAUACCCCAAGCCUGGAUGAGGACGGAAUCAACUUGGAAGAGAUCCGGGAGUUUGCCAAGAACUUUAAGAUCCGGCGGCUGUCCCUGGGCCUCACACAGACUCAGGUGGGCCAGGCUCUGACUGCAACGGAAGGCCCAGCCUACAGCCAGUCAGCCAUCUGCCGGUUUGAGAAGCUGGAUAUCACACCCAAGAGUGCCCAGAAGCUGAAGCCAGUGCUGGAAAAGUGGCUGAAUGAAGCCGAACUCCGGAACCAGGAAGGGCAGCAGAACCUGAUGGAGUUCGUGGGAGGUGAGCCCUCCAAGAAACGCAAACGCCGCACCUCCUUCACCCCCCAGGCCAUAGAGGCUCUGAAUGCCUACUUCGAGAAGAACCCGCUGCCCACAGGCCAGGAGAUCACCGAGAUUGCGAAGGAGCUCAACUACGACCGGGAGGUCGUGCGCGUCUGGUUCUGCAAUCGGCGCCAGACGCUCAAGAACACCAGCAAGCUGAAUGUCUUUCAGAUCCCUUAGGGCUCCGCCCCCGGCCCUGUGUUCCAGCACUUUGUAUUUUUCCCUUGGCCCCUGGCUGCAGCCACUGCCGUGACGGCACCUGUCGUUCUGCCACGUGCGGCUGCGCUUGUCCUGGGGUCGUGAGACUCCACUGUGUGCAUGUGCGUUCACUGCCUCCCUCCUCUCCUCCACGUAGCUCACAUCACGGGGAGGGCAGAGGGGGCCCACCUGAGAGCUCCAGGCUCCGGGCCGGUCACGCCAAGGGACCCUUCCAUUAAGUGGUGUCACUUAAAGAAGCACUUUGCGAAGGUGGUUUUCUAAGGGUGAAUUCUGGUUGGGAACCAGAAGCUCCCCGUCUUUGGGGCAGGGCUGCGGCAGCCCCUAAGUACCACUGACCCUUAGCUCUUGUCUUUGAUGGCAUUCUCUCUCCACCCUCCCUUCCCCUGUGCUCCUCUGUGGAAGUGUCGCAGGUGCAGCAGCUCGCGCAGCGGAACCCCAGCCUCAACUCCCACCCUUUGCCUGCAGGCACCCUGUCCCCGAAAGGACCCAAGGGGCACAGUUCCGAAAAGUGUGACGAGCUGCUCAGCAGGUCAGGCUCAGUGUCUGCCUUGCCCUCGAGGUCAGAAGGUUCUCGCAGCCCUGGGGCCAGAACAUGUGAUCCCUGCUUCCUUUGGGGGGAAAUUGCACUAAAGCAGAACCUGUUCAUUUGUGACCCAGGUUGGAAGGAAGCAGCUUUGAACUCUGGGCGUCCUGGAGUUGACCUGGGUCUACGGCAGGUUGGGAACUUAACAGAUGAACCCAUCCUUCCACAUUUUAAUCUAAACUCUGCCCGUGGCUCUCUCCCUCACUAGACAGUGAGGGUUAAAGAACCGGCAGCCUGGAAAAUCCCACUGCCCAAGCUCGCAGCACCCCGAAGAGAAAUGAAAGGAAUGCUGACUCUCUCUUUCUCUUGUCCUCCCACUCACCCCUAACCCAGUGCUGGGCCUUGUCAGAGGGGCACACGAAACCCUAAACCAGACAGCAAGGCCCUGGGGAAAAGGCCACCAUCCAGGAAGAAUGGAUGGCAGCCCAAGAAAGUCUCUUGUGGAAGGUGACUUAACUCUAAUUUUCUUGGUGACUUUGAGCCUUGGAUACUGGAGGAGAAAUCUUGUUUUGUCUGGAGUCUUACACCAUGUGUUUGUGCAAACAGUCCUCCCCACCCCUGCCUGCCAGAGCUCCUCUGAGUCAAGAAUACCCCCGAAGCAGGACGGGUCUUGCCUACAGAGAGGACGAAGAUGGCACACUGAAGGCGGACACCCCAUCCAAGCUGCUCAGUGAGUUUCCCAGCCUCGCUGUGGCUGGACGGCCCCUGGAACUCAGUAUGUUACUCCAGGAGGUCGGGCGAGCACUAAGAGGUGUGCUUAGGUGAACCUAGACUCACCGUGUAGACCGUGUCCAAGGGCCACAAGUCACAGAGCCAGAUCAGCAGCUGCCCUCCACGGCACCUCACAGGAUCUACCCUGACAAAAUGGCUGCCAGGCGAGGGCACAGCCCUACCCCACUGGUCACCGGCACAGAGUCCCCUCCUGGUCGAGCUUCCUCUGGCUUGUGGUGUUCCCUUUCCUGCCUACAGCUGGUCCCUGUCAGGCCCUACAAUGCCAGAGUGGCCCCCCUCUUGGCGGCCCUGCCAGUGAGAGGACGGUUGUGUGUCAGAUUUUCCCGAAACCCCCUACGUACGCACACACUCCUGCCCCAGUGUGUUCGGACCGCCCCAACUUUCCAGAGUGUGGUGGGAACGAGGAAGCAGGCGGGCACCCUGCCUGCCCCAAGCCUCCCGGGAGAGGAUAUGUCUCCAAGGGGGAGGCUUCACGUUCAAGUUUAGGGUUAUCCGCCUGUGUCAACGAGAUGAGGGGCUCACUCGGGACGGGCAUCGUAAACAAGUUUUCAGUAAGAAGACCCAGGCUGCUGGCGUCUGUGAAGGAUUCAGUGACUUACACGUCAAUAAAUGAGAGAGGUAGGCUUGCACCCGCAAACACUUGUGUUCAGAUAGGCUUUCUUUUUUUGAGAGAGACAAGUGGGUCACAGCUGGAGCCCUGGGAGUAGCAUAUAAUCCAGGGUGUGUCCGUGGCAGUAGAUACGCAGGAGAAUACCAUCUGUCCUGGUCUGUGAAAAGAAGAUAAUGAAGUCCUGGUCUAAAUCAGGCCUGGCCACGCUUUCUCAGCUCCUCCCUUGUCUAAAUCUGUCUUCCUGGGGCUGGGUUAGAACGACACCAUUUUCUCCCCUGCGGGAAGGAUGAGUGGGUCUUUCGGAGGAAGGAUACCAGGGGCAGAAUUUUUGCAGGCUGAAGUCCCCAGGCACGGGGUGCAGAGUGUCCCUGAAGAGUGCCCAAGGCAGAGCUCACAGGUCGGCUGUCUCUGCUCGCGCUCCCCCCCCCCCCCCCCCCGUAGAGCCCUUGGGGGAACAGCUAUCUCCACCAGAGGUGGGUUUUCUGUUUUGCUUCUGAUAGCAUCAGGUUCUGAGGGGUGUCGAUAUGAAUUUUGUUUUGAAAGCACCUUUCUGGACAUAACCCAGAGCUUAGUGGCUCCUUUGCCAUGGAAAGGCAGGAGAAAGGGCAGAAGUGAUUUAACUGUCUGUGUGUGGCAUUGUUUGCUUUGUUUUAAAAUGAGAGAAGACCAAAAUGUCUAUGGCCUGGUGAGUCAGCUGGGGUCUGUGACCCUGCACUAUCCAUAGCAUUUUAUCUAGCGGGGGCCCGGGAAAGAAUUUGGCCAAAUGGACUGAGGAACACACUUGAAUUUGGAAUGAGAGUCCCUGACGUUUUUGUGUCCUUGGAAACCCAAUCACCUUCCUAUGCCUAGAUUCGCUUCCUGUC